AGAGAGCGAGAGAGAGCGCGCGCGCCAAAUUGAAAAGAAUUAGCCACCGAAACAAAUCAUCCCGGGGUGUUUUGCGAAAAAUGAAAAAAUUUCAAAUAGUCCCGCGUUUUCCCUAUCGUUUCUCACUCAGAUCCCCAUUCUCCUUUUCGUCUAUGCUUAACUGUUGUUCAUAUACUUUCAUGCUCUUUAACACUCUUUUCUCUCUCUGCAAUCUCUACUUUGCUUUCUCUAACUCUUGUUCGAGUAGAGAAUAGAGAUGGGUAAGCAAGCAAAGUCAAAAAAACCAGAAAGCUAUGGCAAAGGCAAGGUCACCCCUGUCCAAAUUGCCUUCAUCGUCGACCGCUAUUUAUCCGACAACAACUUCUCCCAAACCCGCUCUAUCUUCCGCUCCGAAGCCUCCCACCUCAUCUCCAAAUCACCCGUUCAAGAGGCGCCGAAGAGUUUGUUGAGUUUGGGGGCGAUUUUGGAUGAGUACAUAAAUUUGAAGGAGCAGAAAGUGAUGUUGGAUCAAGAAAAGUGCCGUUUGGAUAGCGAGAAAAUUCGGGUCCAGACGCUGUUGCGGGGUAUGCAAGAUGUAAUGAGCGCUUACAAUGCUGGUGGUAGCGCUGCCCCGACUCCACCACUGUUGAUUUCGUCUGUGGCGAAAUCAGCUGCUGUGGUUCCCCAGAUGGAGCUUACAAUUGGGUCUCCUGCAGGUUAUCCUAUGUACAACACCCCAGUAAUGAUGCCAACAUCCAGACCCUCCAACACUCAAACCGAUCCUUCGAAUUUCUCCACACCAAUUACAAAUCAUCCAUCUGCGAAAAGGAAAAAAGGUUCAAAAGAUGUUCCAGAUGCCCCUAUAACUGCAAAGAGAUCUUGCAGUAACUUAACCACCAAGCAGCUACCAGUCAAAGGUACCAACACACUUCCACAAUCAAGCAUGGCAAUGAAUAAUCAAGAAAAUUCUCUGAAAUUUGCUGCUGGUCAAUCAUCACCUAAUGACAAUGUACUCAAUGGGUCACCAAUUCAAGGAUCUAGUGUUGCCAAGUGUUUGUUCAACCAGCCUAGUCGGUCCCCUCCAACUAAUUUGACUGUUCCUAAGACCCCUCUCCAAGCAACUUCCUCUCAAACUGACAAAUCGGUUUCUCCACUGGAAACUUCUUCCACUGCUACUUCUGGUAAUGAUGUUACUCCCCAGCAAAAGACCUCUACUAAUUGCAUUGUAAUCUCUUCAGAGACAAUUAAAGUGAGCCCCGUCAAACAACUAACCUGUUACUCAAUUGAGAGGAACCAUUGCAUUUCUUCUUCCUCACCAGUCAAGGCAAACUUGAAGAGGCUCAACAAGAGAGAGCAUGUAAAGGGUAGGCUAGAUUUUGAUAGUUCUGACACACUACUGAACUCGAGCAAACCAAUUCCUGAUGCCAUUUCAGUACCUGAAUUUGACAAGGAAGGAGAGAUUUUUGACUUAGAUUUGCCUAAUUUGGAUGCUUUCGGCAUAGAUUUUUCCCUCGGUGAACUGUUGGUUGAUUUUGAUCUUGAUGGAGAAUUUACUUGCCAGCCAGCCAUGGAUUCUUCUCCAAAGUCCCAUUCUGGGUCCCCACAUGAAUCAUGGAAUGUUGAUUCGGGGGCUAAUCAAGUAUUGUCUGAGCUAUCAUCAACCAUGGCAGAAAUUCUGUCGGAGAAAGACAUGAAUGUACACGGCCCAGAAUCUGUGACUUCUGUGAAGUCCACAAGAAAAUGCAUUAAGAUUAUAAGUCCUGUGAAAAAUUGUAAAAGCUCCUCUUUGGAUCAGGAAAAUCUGUCAAAAGACUGACUGGUUUUACAAUAAAAAUGACUCUUAGACUGACUUGUUAACCAUUACAGUGCUUAAUGUGAGCUCUUGGUGUUUAAUAAUCUAAAUUUGUAAAGAACCAACAUCAAUUCUAUUCAAGUAGUAGAUUAACUGCCUUCCAAUUAUCUUUUGGUUCAGAUAGUUGUUAUAACUGCAAAUUGUAUGAAGGUCUUGAAAAAUAUGAUACAAGCAUACUCAUGUAUUGACGACUCUUUGGAAUACAUAUUUCUUGUACCAUUCUUUCAA